AUGUCAGGACACCAUCACGACCAUGAUGGCCACUGCCAUGGAGAGGAUCAUGACCAUACCAACGACAUCACUCCAGCCAUCCAGUCCCUCCUCUAUACUCAGAUCAACUUUGACCUAAUCACAACCCUGAAUGAAACCACCCCAAACUCCGGCGCAUCAAUUGUGCAGAAGACCUGGGCUGAACGGUUAAACGACAAGCCGGAGCUUGAGAGCGACGCCGAUGAGCAACUGCUUAUGACUAUUCCUUUCAAUGGCCAAGUCAACGUCCACUCUCUGCUAUUGUACACGGCACCCACGCCCUCCGCCCCGAAAACCGUGAAGUUGUUCAAGAAUCGCGAUGAUAUGGAUUUUUCAACUGCAUCGGAGCUACACCCAACUCAAACGAUCGAGGUGCCGCAGCCAGUGCCCGGCGCUGAUAUCUUUGAAUUGCCCUUGAACCGCGCCCAUUGGAACGCGACCACGUCUGUCACGCUCUUCAUUGAAGGUAAUUGGAGUGAUGGCGAAGAGGAUGUUACGAAGGUUGGCUAUGUCGGCUUCAAGGGACAAUUCAUGAAACUGUCGCGAGAGCCGGUGAACUUCCUCUACGAGGCUGCAGCCAACCCACAGGACCACGUUUCCAUCCCUGGAGUUAGUGGUGUUGGCAGGGUUAUGCCUGGACAGUAG